ACGUUCGGCGAUGGUGAAGCACGCCUUCUCAAAUCAAUCAUGGCGGACCGACGGUGGCCGCGAAGGGGAAUUUCCGUGGCCUUUUGAGAUGCGGACACGGAAGAGGCGGUCAGCUAAGAUUUAGCGGGGAUUGCGCUUCGUUUUUGUUUGUGCUAUAGGAUCAUGCAUAAGAUGCGUCUUUUUAAUAGGUCGCUGUCGCUGUUCUUACCCGGAAGGGUGCUCAAACCCUGGUGCAAAUGCAUUUCCAGCACGUGGACAUUUCAUGCAGCCGCGGGUCCUGCAGGUGUGUGGAGCAGAUCUCAAUAGGUUUGUUGCUCGGACCAAAACUUGUGGGGAAUUGCGCUCUGCUGAUGUAGGUCAAGAAGUAACUUUGUGUGGAUGGAUUCAGUAUCAGAGGCAGGGACUGUUUGUGGUUUUGAGAGACUUCCAGGGACUCACACAAAUUCUCAUUCCUCAGGAUGAGACUGAUUCCCCUCUAAAGAAGAUCUUAUGUGACACACCUGUUGAAUCUGUGGUGAGAGUGACUGGGAAAGUUGUUUCCCGACCUCCGGGACAGGCUAACCCUAGAAUUCCUACUGGUGAGAUUGAAGUGAAGGCGGAAACAGCAGAAGUCCUCAAUUCCUGUAAGAAACUGCCCUUUGAAAUGAAAGAUUUUAUGAAGAAAAACGAGGCCCUGCGAAUGCAGUACCGGUAUUUAGACUUGCGCAGCUUCCAGCUGCAGCACAACCUACGACUGAGAUCUCAGAUGGUGAUGAGAAUGCGGGAAUAUCUCUGCAACUGCUACGGGUUUGUGGAUGUAGAGACCCCAACCCUGUUCAAGAGGACCCCUGGGGGAGCAAAGGAAUUUGUGGUGCCCUCGAGGGAGCCUGGAAAAUUCUACUCACUUCCUCAGAGUCCUCAGCAGUUUAAACAGCUACUGAUGAUCGGAGGCUUGGACAGGUAUUUUCAGGUUGCUCGCUGCUACCGAGAUGAAGGCUCAAAGCCAGACAGGCAGCCUGAAUUCACUCAGAUUGAUAUUGAGAUGUCAUUUGUAGACCAGGCUGGUAUUCAGGCGCUGAUUGAGGGCUUGCUUCAGUAUUCCUGGCCCAAGGAAAAGGGGUCUCUUGAAAUACCCUUCCCUUCAAUCAGCUACAGUGAGGCCCUGGCCCUCUAUGGGACUGAUAAGCCAGACACUCGUUUUGGAAUGAAGAUUGUUGAUGUCAGCCAUGUUCUCAGCAAUGUGGAAGCUGGAUUUUUACAGAAAUCUCUCAGUGGGCCUGAGGGCACCGUUAAAGCCAUUUGCAUUCCCCAAGGAGCACGACACCUUCAGAAUAAAGACCUGGAGUCGUUAAGAGAAUUGGCUAAAUCCCAGUUUAAUCAGGAAAUAAUGCACUUCAUUUUGAGAUCUGAUGGUACUGUGAAGUCUCAACUCAGUAGAUACCUAAAUGAAGAGCAGAAGUUGGAACUCAUCAGAACAGCUCAAGCCAGCACAGAUGAUGUGGUGUUGUUAGCAGCUGGAGCUCAUAAGAAAGUGUGUUCUGCAUUGGGAAAAAUGCGUCUGGAAAGCGCUGAUCUUCUGGAAGAGAAAGGUGUGGCCCUCCGUGACUCAUCUGCAUUUCACUUCUGGUGGGUGGUGGAUUUCCCCCUCUUCCUCUUGAAUGAAGAAAACCCCACCAAAUUGGAAUCUGCUCACCACCCCUUCACUGCCCCACUCCCUUCUGAUGAACACCUCCUCUAUACUGAGCCUGCAAAGGUUCGAGGUCAGCACUAUGACCUAGUGCUGAACGGUAGCGAGAUUGGAGGUGGCUCAAUUCGAAUCCACAGUGCAAAGCAACAGCGUUUCAUUCUUCAGUCAGUGCUGAAGGAGGACUCUGAGCUGCUUUCUCACCUGCUUGAAGCUCUGGAAUCUGGAGCUCCCCCUCAUGGAGGAAUUGCACUAGGACUUGACAGGCUGAUCUGCCUCAUUGUUGGAGCUCCCAGCAUUCGAGAUGUUAUUGCCUUUCCCAAAUCCUUGAAGGGAAGAGACUUGAUGAGCAGCGCUCCAGAUUAUCUUACCCCAGAAGAGCUUGAGCCAUAUCACAUCCAAGUUUCAUGGCCUUCCGUACAAGCCGAGGCCAGCAGUAACUGAUUAGAACUUUGUUCACUCCAGACAGACUGUACUUAGUUCCUGGCUUCAGCUGGCCUGACGUGGGGCACAAUCAAUUUGUUGGGUCUGAAACUGAUGGAAAGAGGAUUAAUUCAUGGCGACGGGGCGUGUCAAGCUUUUAUAUUAAGGAGAGAAGGAACCUUUUUCAAUGUGGUAAAAUUCUGGAUGAUCUCAAACAAAUGAAGUCUGCACUUGGUUCAAGAAACAAAUUGUACUGUUUGUAGAACAUGUAGCAGGCAACUGAAACUCUGAAUGACAGAAAAAAGUGUUUUCUCCUUGUCCGUGUACCUAACAUGUAAAAAUGCUAGUGAAGGGAAAAUGUCAUGAGAAUUAUCAAUGUUAUUAAGGUGCACAUUUUAGAAUUCAGAAGCUUUUAAAAGCUUGGUGGAUGCAGGAACUUCUAAGCCAGCAGCCUCAUUUAGACGGAAAAGGGAAAACACUACAGCUGUUCUGUUUGUAAGUAUGUAAAAGCUUGGACUAGAUCCAGCAUUUUAUAGGGUGGAUCGUUUUAUAUGAUCCACCAUGAUUGGUUUCUGGAAGAACUCAUCACUGGGUGGCCAGAAAAUAUUGCAAGGCACCCGAACCCUUGUGAAAAUUGUAGCUACAUCUGAUUUUGUAAAAAUGAAGCUAAGCAAGCUUAGUUGUCCAAAGCUUAAAAUGGAAAGAAAAAUAAAUACAAAAGAAAAACAUGA